AUGCGAAGCCUGAAGACGUGGAUAUCAUAUCCUGGCGGUAUUGCUCGUGAGCCUCCUGUUCUCGGCCCAGCCGCACAUGAAUUCCCCACGAUGGCCUAUCUGUACAAACGAGCCCAGCAGUGCCUGAAUUUCCAUCUCCAACAGCAACCUUUGACAGACUAUUCUCGAAGUUGGAGCUUUAAGCGGUUGGUCACAAUGGCAAGGAAGAGAGACUGCACACGCAAGCUAGUACGCACCCGAGUCCUUGGAACAGGGAGAAACGUCGAAGUCCGACAUUGGGAGAAGAGAAAAUCGAGUUUGCCAGCUCUAGGCUGUAUUGCUUAUGGUCCUCAAGUCGUCAUCUACACAUUGGAACAUUGUCACGAAAGUGAAGCCGUUAUAACCAGUGUUGGGGACAUCUUGGAGCAUGCAAAUCCUAGUUCCUCCAUCACCAUCUCAUCCAUUUACUCCUGCCGGCGCAAAAUGCUGCUGCUGCUGCCGGUCAAGCUCAGCUCAGCUCAGGAUGUCCAUGCCAGACAUGACAUCCCUAUCUCCCAGGCACAACGUCACUAG